AUGCACAAGGUGGUAGUUCCAAAGUUUUCUGGGGUUCAUCGAUUUGCAUGUUUGGCACUGUAUCGAUCACUUCUUCGGCAAUGCGCUCCUUCAGCCAGUAAUGCGCCGUGGCUCAAGGAGACCAAGUCUCUCGUUCGACAAAAGUUCCAAAAAUACAAAAGUCUUCAGAGCCCAUCCCAGACGACACAUGCCUUAAAAGCAGGCUACGAGGCUCUAGAUUUACUCGAAUCGGCAUCUCGAGGAAGCGAACACGAUGCGGGUCGGAUUAGGACACUCUUGGCGCAAACCAAGUCUCUGAAAGAUGAGCACGCGACAAGGCAGAGGGAGAUCACAGCGGCAAUUAAAUCAGCCAAGCUUAAGGCAGCUGUCCACAAGCCACCUAUGCCCAGAAAGGCCCAGAAACAAGAGUCUAUUCGUCACCAGGAGGAAACUGCGCGGCCGCGGCCAGACACCCCCUCGAUCUUAGCGCGUCCUCGGCCGGUCGUGAGUGGAAAGCGCAGGGUUCCGGUCCUUGUGAAUGCGCGCGGAAUCCCAUAUCUGCGGAUCAAGAAGCCGCAGCCCCGGAAUCUCAGCGGCCUUUUGCGAAACAAACUGGAGAGGCGCUGGAAUUGGAUUGAGCGGCGGGACCGGCUGCAGCUGGAGCUACUUUUCGCCCAGGAUGAAGAUUCCUGGGAUGCGCUCACACAUUUUGACGAGCUGGCCACGUGGACUGCAGAUAUCAAGCUGUCUAUCAACCAAGUGAACAGAAACAUCAGCCAGAUGGACAUGAAGCAUAAGAGGAUGGCAGAGAGUAUGUGGAAGAUCGUGCUGGCCGAGCGGGAAUUGGCAAAGACAGAAGAAGAACGUCUGCGGCAGUUGAAGGAAUAG